GUUAGGUAACCUUUCGGCGUCAAUCAUGGCUGACCAGGAUGAGGCACAUCUCGCUGAGUUGAAGAAAAAGAGAACCUUCCGCAAGUUCACCUACCGAGGAGUUGAUCUCGAACAGCUCUUGGACAUGUCCCGGGAGCAAUUUGCUAAGAUGCUUCCAUGCCGCAUGCGCAGACGCCUUGCUCGUGGAUUGAAGAGAAAGCACUUGAAUCUGAUCUCUCGACUCCAAAAAGCCAAAAAGGCCGCUAAUGUCCUUGAAAAGCCAGCAACGGUCAAGACACAUCUUCGUGAUAUGGUCAUUCUGCCCGAAAUGGUUGGAUCAGUCAUCGGUAUCUACAAUGGAAAGGUUUUUAACCAGACUGAGAUCAAGCCUGAGAUGAUCGGAUAUUAUCUUGGAGAAUUCGCUAUCACGUACAAGCCUGUGAAGCACGGUAGACCAGGUAUCGGAGCUACCCAUUCUUCAAGGUUCAUCCCUCUCAAGUAAAUUGUUAUUGUUUUCUGAUAAAU